AAACCCGAAGCCCCGCUGCCUCCAGAGAAGCGUAGCCGUGCUGCAAGUCGAUUGUCCUCGUCCUCCGUGGGGUUUCUAUCCGGCCGCCAUCGGCGUAGAUCUUCAAACAGCGCGCCGUGUGCGGGACGUGACAGAGCAACAUGGACCCACGAAAGAUGUUCGAGCUGAAGGGCUUCGUGCAGAGCUGCGAGUCCAACCCGGGGAUCCUGCACCUGCCGGAGAUGAGCUUCUUCCGGACCUGGCUGCUGGGCAUGGGAGCAACGAUCCCUCCUGCACCCCCGACUGAGGGGUCAUGCCACGGUGGAUGUCCCUGUGGACCUCCCCCUGCAUCAGCUCCUUCUUCUGAGCCCAAGCCUCCGACACUGUCCGAGAGCGAGGAGAGUGAAAUAGAAGUCAACGACGAGGGAGUGAUCGAGCCAGACACCGAUGAACCGCAGGAGAUGGGAGACUUUGAAAAUGCUGAGGUCACAGAGGAGAUGAUGGACCAGGCCGAUGAGAAGAAGAUGGAGGCCAUCAAUGCUCUGGGAGAAGGUGAUUUACAGAAAGCUCUGGAUCUUUUCACUGGAGCCAUCAAGCUGAAUCCCUGCUUAGCCAUCCUGUACGCCAAGAGGGCAAGUGUCUACAUCAAGAUGCAGAAACCAAAUGCAGCCAUCAGAGAUUGCAACAGAGCCAUCAGCAUCAACCCAGACUCUGCACAGCCGUACAAGUGGAGGGGGAAAGCUCACAGGCUGCUGGGACACUGGGAGGAGGCAGCAAAGGACCUGGCCACAGCCUGCAAACUGGACUACGACGAGGACGCCAGUGCCAUGCUGAAGGAGGUCCAGCCUAAGGCGAACAAGCUUAUUGAGCACAGACGCAAAUAUGAGCGCAAGAGAGAAGAAAAGGAUGUCAAGGAGAAAACCGAGCGGGUAAAGAAAGCAAGAGAGGAGCACGCAAAGGCUCAGAGGGAGGAAGAAGCACGACAGGCUGGAGGAGGAUUCUUCCCAGGAGGUGCGGGUGGAUUCCCAGGCGGAGCCAUGCCAGGCGGGUUCCCAGGAGGAGCCAUGCCAGGCGGAGGUGCGGGUGGAUUCCCAGGCGGAGGCCCUCCUGGCAUGGGCGGCAUGGGCGGCAUGGGCGGUCUUGGUGACCUCCUGAAGGAUCCCGAGCUUCUCAAUGCCAUGAAGGACCCUGAGGUGAUGAUUGCCUUCCAGGAUGUGGCGCAGAAUCCAGCCAACAUCUCCAAGUACCAGAGCAACCCCAAGAUCAUGGCACUCGUCACCAAGCUCAGUGCCAAAUUUGGAGCCCCACCACAACCAUAAACAAGAAACACACCAAAGGAGUGGAGAGGAGAAGGGGAGAGUGAAUACGUGGUGAAACAAUCUAGGGAGCCAACAAUUAUUCCACUGUGUGCAGAUCAAACGUGGGGGGGGAAGUGGGUGGCAGUUUAUUUGGUGUAAUGUCCAGAAGGUGGGGCUAUUUUUUAAUGUUCUGCAUCAGCCGUUCAGCACUUAGUGAUGUCUCAACCAAGCAACCAAUCGGUUAGGAGUCAGGUCUCUGACGCUUCUCCGCUGGCACCUCACUUAACCACAGUUUGAUAUUUCUUAACCUGUAUCUGGAGAAGCUAAACUGGAAAGCCCUGCUUUUUGACGCUAGCUCUCAAACCUUUUUACAGGCAUUUAAUACAUGGUAAUGGUUUAGCUAUUGUGUUUUUUUUCUUCCUCUGAACAGAGAAACGUUUUGUUAACAGAUCUAUUAUAAAUGCAAAAAUGUGCUGUUCUUAAUUUCUCACCCUAUUGGGAAAAUGAUUCACGAUAAUAAAAUACUGAAACCUCUGUUCCUGCAAA